UUUCCUUGAUCUGGCCACGGUUUAUUCUACGCGUUAGAACAACUUUUUAUAUCAUCUGGCCGCUGUUGACACUACGCCAUGUUGGGGUGCUGAUCACCGUCCUUUUCUACUCAGCCGGAUAUACAAGUGCUAAAUGCACCAUCCCGCGUUAUCUCCGAGGUAAACACCAGUUAGUAGACAACCGCUUUGAAAGAAUACCGGGAGAGGAACUGACUAUACGAACACACGAUGUCGAGAUCGUAAUGGGAGGGAAAACACAACAAUUAGACUGUAUAGAAAGUCGGUACUCGGACAUACUUCUUAGAACAACUGACCAGACCGGUAUUCUUUGUCUCCAGUUGCCCCAGAUAAUGGACGUGCCAGCAGAGUUUAACAUCAGGCGGCGAAACGUUGAGGCUCCGAAUGGCGGGUUAUUUACGCCGUCUUCCUUCCCUAGUGACGUCAUGCCAACUAUUGAGAAUCAGUGCACUGUCUACAUCAACUCAGAUGUCUAUACCUCCAGAGCCAGACCCGGAUGUAUGUUCCCUGCAGAACUUCAGAAGACUUGGACGUACGCACAUGGCCCUUUGUCCCAAGUCUCGUUCACGAACAAAAGCGCGACAAUAGCGUUAAAUGACGGAACCAGUUUCACUACAAACUGCGAAAGACACGACACCGACCGUCACAAUGUACNUGGGGGGGGAUAA